AUGCGUGUCGAUUGUUCACGAGGUCCAUUGACGACGAAUCCUCUGGAUUUCUGGAUCCAGCACGUCAUCUUCCCCGUCCAAUGUAUCGGAUUUUUGACGCUGGCAAUUACAGUAAUCUACAAUGUGUUGAAGGGACGGACCAAGCAUGUUGCGCGCUGGUCCCUCCUCUUCCUGGCCAUCGUCGACGUGCUCAUUUUUGCAUGUCUCGUCCCACAGAGCCUCGGCACUUUCCGGGCCCUCUACGAGAAUGAACAAUUCCGGCGUUUCUACCAACUCGCUCGGAUUCGAUUGUAUGCAUUCUCAAAUCAACUGUCAGCCGUCGAUACCUCGAUCUUUCUCCUCAUCAUCAUUGAGAUCUAUUUGAGGGCAAGGGGAUCGACGAUGACAAAGGCAUUAUUCGGUGGAAAAGCCGUGUUUCUGUGCAUCGCCACCGCGAUCACCGGCGCACUAAUGAUCUCGAGCUUUCAUCAUUUCUCGUACAGUCCAAAGAUAUGGUUCAAUUGCUCGGAUGAGAAUGGAUUACCAACGAAGAUGUUUUCGAAGAUUACGAUGAACAGCGCAUAUAUGACGAAAGAUCUGUUCAUCUGGCUUCAUAUGGCCUCAGCCCUCCUCCUCAUUUUCAUCCCAACAAUUCUCGUCUAUUUCCUCGUCUACCGUAUCACCCGCUCCAUCAAUUCCGGUCGUACCGGAUGUGAUGUCGCCAAUGAGGCCAUGGAGCUAUUCAGCAGCGCCGAGGGACUCCUCCUCCAACGAAAAAAGAUCACCGUCUACCUACCGAUGGUGGCGCACAGCUUCGCGCUCACACAUGUUCUCUCCGUGGUGCCAUUCGUGUGGGAAUUCUUCCUAUUCCACUGGCUCGGCUUCAAGGGCUACUCGAUCACCAUCUCCAUCAUGAACGCCCUGCUCAUCUGCGGGAAAAUCGCAAAUUUCGGGCUGCUCUACCUGAGCUGCGUUGAGAUGGGGAGGAACGGGCUUCUGAACUAU